AUGAAAGACUUGGGAAAACUGAAGUACUUCCUCGGCAUUGAAGUUCUGAGAUCUCAAAAGGGAAUAUUCAUCAAUCAGAAAAAAUAUACCCUUGAUCUUUUUACUGAAACAGGAAUGCUGGACUGCAAACCAGCAAACACGCCGAUCGUUGUCAAUCAUGGAUUGCAGAUUAGAGAAGGAACAGAGUCAGCUGAUCGGGGAAAAUACCAAUGUCUGGUAGGCAAACUUAUCUAUCUCUCAUAUACUAUACCAGAUAUUGCCUACGCUGUAAGCAUGGUAAGCCAGUUCAUGUAUCAACCCCAAACUGAUCACCUCGAAGCUGCACUAAGAAUCGUACGGUACUUGAAGGGAACGUUCGACUACGGGUUAUUGUUCCAAAAGACCGCAAAGCUCGAGAUCCAAGCUUAUAUAGAUGCAGACUGGGUGGGAAAUCCAAAAGACAGAAGGUCAACCGUUGGAUAUUUACACUCUCGUUUGAGGGAAUCUUGUCUCAUGGAGAAGUAA